AAAAACGCUAAAAUUAGUAGAGUCCGCGUAUGUAAAUGAUCGCGUAUAGUUCAACAUAUAUUAAUAGUCAUCAUUGUAAAUCAUAUUUUGAAUAUCUUUUCUAUUAAGGAACAAGCGCUAACAAUACAUGCAAAAAUGAAUUUCUUUGGGGAAAAGAAAAAAUGUCCUUAUUUUACCUGGGGAUGUGCUGAUGAAUUUACAUAUCGACUUCAAAAAAGCUUGUAUUGUGGUAAAGAAAAUGACUUUUGUGAUUCUUCAUCUUUGCCAUUGACUGAUGUUGCAGUGUCAAUGGUUUUAGAUAUUUCAACAUGCCCUCGAAGAAAAUUAACUCACAGAUAUGCUAGUUCUCUGACAAGACAACUAGUGAUUUCUCCGUGUGCACUUAUGAUGGGAAUAUUAUACACAGAAAAGUUGAGGCAGUCAAAUCCAUGCUAUUUGGUUAGAGUUUCAUCUGCUGAUCUAUAUGUUGUUGCCAUGAUGGUAGCAUCAAAGUUUUUGAUUGAUGAAGGGGAAGACGAUGAAGUUUUAAAUGAUGAAUGGGCUGAAGCAGCUGGUUUGGGUGUUUCUACUGUAAAUAAGCUAGAGCGAGAUUUUCUUGAUGCAAUGAACUGGAAGGUUUACGUUAGUCCAUCAGAGUUUUUAUCAUUUUGCGACAAAGUUGAAUCUAAAAUUGCAUUGAAAUGUGGUCUAAAAAGAGGUUGGUUUUCCUAUACAGAUUUGAGUCAUUUACUUCUUGCAUCGAAGCACCAAAAGGUCUUGACUGAAAUCUUGCAUAAUACAAUCAAGGUUAUUGGAAGCUGUGUAUUUAUGUAUAGCAUAUCGAUAAGUCUUUUGGCAAUUUCUAUGACAUAUGUAAUCUCUAAUAAAAACAGAACAUGUUGUAAUUUAUCCGAGACUAGUGAAAAUUUAAGCAACAAAUUCAAUGAAAGCCGAAUAGAGUCAUUGCAAACCCAAGGCUCUAUUAGUCUACCAUUAAGCAAAAUAUAUGUGUCAAAUAAGUUGUCCUUUUUCCCACUUAACAAGAAACCAUCCGCUUUAUGCACCUAUUCCAAACAUCUGCAAUGUAAUUUUCAAGUAUCAAUAGUUUAUGGCCAUCAGCAGCACAGAAACAUAACAGUUUACAACCUUGAAAGCUUUUCUUCUAUUCAACACAAUAAGUUUGAAAAAGUAUACAACUAUAAUGAUAAUUAUCUUGGAAAAGAUUGCACUACUGUAACUGGUUCUAUUCAAACUUUUUUGUCAAAAAUUCAAAAAUUUCAAAAUCAAUUUCAAUAUCAUCUAAAAAGAGAACAUUUAUUGAACUAUGAGUUAAACAUACCAAAGUGGUUAACAAUAAUGAUGUAACUCUAUUGAAGCUAUUUGUUAAUUUCACUGCUAAAUGAAAAAAUUUAAACUUAUAUUUAUAAAAAAACGAGUUAUGUUAUUUUGUUUUUUAGCCAAUUUUUCCAAGUGUUAAACGUGAACUUGUGUUAAACAGUCUUGUAUCAAGUAUUUUGCAUCAGUUAGUGUACUAUGAAAUCUUGCUAUUAUGAACGAA